AUGGUGUGUUGUGUAAGAGCUGCACAGCAAGAAAGAUCAACGUUUGUAUCAUCUUUAAUGCCUCUUCUUGCAGAGUAUUCUCUUCAGCCGCCUCUUGCCCAUGCUCAAUCCAUUGUCAGUAAUGUCAAGGUUUUGUUUAGACAUUUGCUUGAACAAAUUCUUGCUAUGGAGGCAAAGCUGAAGGAGUCUCAGUACCAGCUAGCACCAUGGCGUUCUGAAGUCAAUCCCUCUAGUUUUCCUCAAUCAUCAUCUCAUCCUAAGGCUGGUGAAAAGAAGAAAAGGAGGGAAGGAGGGCUCUUCUUCAAUAAGUAA